GGCGGGUUCUAAGCGGCCCUCUAACUGUUUUCCGCUGGAAACAGAAGAUCCAGUUUCUUUCUUUGCGCCUGUUGGACAUUUCACUCCUGUGUGACCGUCUCAUCGGCUGUCAGAUGAUGAUGUGACCUCCGAGCUGCAGAGCAGAGCCGCCUCAGCUGUCAGUGAUGGAGGACAUCUGGUGUGUGGCUGCAGCUGUUUUCCAGGUGUGGAUGUUUGUGGUGGUGUUCUUCAUCAUGCUGCCCGCCAUGUUUGGCCUCUCUCUGGGGGUCACCGGGGUCUACAUCCAGAUCCUGGUCAAAAUCCUGGAGUGGGCCACGUUACGCAUCCAGAGAGGACGGCAGGAGCAGCCCGGCGUGCCUGUCCCUCUGCCCAGCGGGAUCAUUGAGCGAGCGGGCGGCUCGAUGGAGGAGGAGAUGGAGCAGCUGCGGAGCUCCCGGUCCAUGGAGGGGGCGGAGUUUGAUCUGAGCGACGCCUUCUAUUUCUGCAAAAAGGGUCUGGAGAGCAUCGUGGACGACCAGGUGACCCAGCGCUUCUCCUCCGAGGAGCUGGCCUCCUGGAACCUCCUCACCCGCACCAACCAGAACUUCCGCUACAUCAGCCUCCGCCUCACCGUCAUCUGGGGCCUCGGCGUCUUCGUGCGAUACUGCGUCCUCUUCCCUCUCAGGAUCGCUCUGGCCAUCAUCGGCCUCUCGUGGCUCGUGGUCGGAACGACUCUGGUGGGAUUUCUACCUGAGAGCAGUGGGAAGAACUGGCUGAGUGAACUGGUCCACCUGACCUGCUACAGGAUCUGUGCCAGAGGACUGUCAGCCACCGUCCACUACCACAACAAAGAGAAUAAACCUCAGAAAGGAGGAAUAUGUGUCGCCAAUCACACCACACCUAUCGACGUGGUGAUUCUGGCCAACGACGGCUGCUACGCCAUGGUGGGUCAGAUUCACGGAGGUCUGAUGGGGGUCAUUCAGAGGUCGAUGGUGAGGUCCUGUCCUCACGUUUGGUUCGAGAGGUCGGAGAUGAAGGACCGCCACGCUGUGACCAGCAGGCUGAGAGCUCACGUUGCAGCAAAGACCAAACUUCCCAUCCUGAUAUUUCCUGAAGGAACCUGCAUCAACAACACCUCAGUCAUGAUGUUUAAGAAGGGAAGCUUUGAGAUCGGAGGGAUCAUUUACCCCGUCGCCAUCAAGUACGACCCUCGGUUUGGUGAUGCUUUCUGGAACAGCGGCAAAUACAACAUGGUUAGUUACCUGCUGCGGAUGAUGACCAGCUGGGCCAUCGUCGUCAACGUGUGGUACCUCCCUCCCAUGACCAUACAGGACGGUGAAGAUGCAGCUCAGUUUGCCAACAGAGUGAAAUCAGCCAUCGCUCGUCGGGGAGGACUGCUGGACCUGGCGUGGGACGGAGGACUGAAAAGAGGGAAAGUGAAGGAUUCGUUUAAAGAAGAGCAGCAGAAGAUGUACAGCAGCAUCAUCGCUGGACAGAACAACAUCAGCUGUCCAAAGACGAGCAGCGAGAGCCCAGAGGAGCAGUGACACAGCUCGGCCCUCCGACCAUCAGCUGAUCUAUGAGCCUGAGUCUCCUGAGGCCUCAGAGACGUGGUCUGCUGGAGACACCGUCUCCGGCAGACCCUGUCUCUGAGUCUCCUGAGGCCUCAGAGACAGGGUCUGCCGGAGACACUGUCUCCACCUCUGAAAGUCUUCCUGUUUUUCUCAUGCAGCAGCGUGAGUCCUGUGUGUAGGAGUGUGUGUCGGCCAGCAGGGGGCAGUGUGUGACCACACAGCUCUAACCUCCUUCACCUGCUGACUGAUCAGACUCAGCACCAGGUGAAAUCAUUCUGUUCCAUCACAACCAAAGUUUUCAGUGUUUGUAAAGAUGUUUUUAAAUCA